AUGAUCCAGUGUAGCAAAAAGGAAGCGCUUCAAGACAUCUUAAAGAAAUAUCCGCAGAAUUUUGAAGGGCUUGGAAAGUUGAAAAACCACCAAGUUAAACUGCAUAUCGACAUCAGUGUUAAACCCGUUGCCUCCCCAGCUCGACCAGUGCCAUAUCACUUGAAGGAACGUAUCAGAACAGAGAUUGACAAAAUGGUAGCCCAAGAUGUCAUUGAAGAACAUCCACCAACAGAACCAGCACCUUGGGUGUCAAACGCAGUUAUUGCACCCAAAUCGGGCGGCGCCAUUCGUAUGACCCUUGACGCUCGCAAUGUGAAUAAAGCGAUCCAAGCUUCCAACCUGCCCUUCCCAAGGCAAGAAGACAUUAAAGCUAAACUUAGCGGAGCGAAAGUGUUCUCGAAGAUGGACUUUAAAUCGGCAUUUUGGCAACUUGAACUCCACCCAGAUUCCCGGUACCUUACGGUGUUCCACGCAAACGAUAAACUAUACCGAUAUAAGCGACUCACCAUGGGCGUAGAGCCAGCACAAGGAGAACUUAACAUGGCUCUUCAACCACUUUUCGCACAUAUUCCACAAGCACACCUCAUCCAUGAUGACCUUAUUGUUGCAACAGAAACCGAUGCAGAACACCAUUCCACGAUUACUGCCGUCAUGCAAGCCAUCACUAACGCUGGUAUAACCCUUAAUCCAAGCAAGUGCACUUUCGGAGCCACUGAGAUCGAAUUCUGGGGUUUGCGUAUUGGUUCUGCAGGAGUACGACCAGAUCCCGCCAAAGUGGAAGCACUAAAGCACAUCACACCGCCUCGAUCAAAGGAAGAAUUGAGUUUUCAGAACAGUUUUCUCUGUAUGAUGCAGUCCAAUGCCGAUUUCAUUCCAAACUUCGCACAACACGCGGCCAAACUGAGAGAACUGACCAAGAAAAAUAGUCUAUUCACAUGGACGAAAGAACACCAUGCCGCUUACGAAGCAUUAAUCGAACGAUUCACAGUAAAUACCCUACUCGAGUAUUUCGACAUGAGCAAGCCAACUUUCAUUUUCACCGAUGCACACACUACUGGACUUGGGGCCAUGCUGGCACAAGGAGAUACACCAGAGAGCGCAAGACCAAUUGCUAUAGCUUCUAGAACAACAAACAAGGCCGAGCAGAGGUAUCCACAAAUCGACCUUGAGGCCGUUGGUAUUGAUUUUGCUCUACGACGAUUUCGCAACUAUACCCUUGGUUCCCCAACCGAUAUCCAGGGUAUAACUGAUCAUAAACCAUUAUGCUCUAUCUUCAACGGCAACCGUAAAGGCUCGAUUCGUACAGAAAGAAUAAAGCUCCGCCAUCAAGACAUCAGAUUUACGGUAAUCUACGAAGGUGGAAGAGUUUGUAAAGUCAUGCAGUGACUGCAAUGUAUUUGUGGAUAAGAAGACGAAGGAGCCGAUCAAACCACACCGAGUACCAGAGAAGUGUUGGGAAACAGUUGCAGUGGAUUUAUUCGGACCAAUGCCAUCAUCUAAACAUGUGGUGGUAGUACAAGACCUAGCGUCAAGAUACCCUGCAGCAAAGUUAGUCACAUCAACAAAGGCAGACAAAGUCAUACCAGCCUUGACAGAAAUUUACGAAACAUACGGCAACCCAGAUGUACAGAUCUCAGACAAUGGUCCACCAUUCAACAGCAUUCAGAUGCAAAACUUCGCCAAGACUAAAGACACCAAGUUACAGAAAUCACCACCACUACACCCCUCCUCGAACCCAGUCGAAACCUUUAUGCGGCCCUUGGGCAAGGCUAUGAAAACUGGGCGUCACAGCGGUAUUCCCGAAAAAGAAAGCCUAAAAAAUGUCUUGAAAUACUACAGACAGACACCCCACCCGGCAACCAAUCUUCCACCGGCAGCUAUGAUUUUCCGCUAUGGACAACGCCUGGACUUUCCUAGAAGACACGCAACAGACGAAGAGAUGAGCAGGGCACGAGAAGCAGACCAGAAGAAGAAAAUGGAAAAGAAUGUAAAGUAAAUGGCUCCAAGUACCGGAAGAAAUCUCAUUUCAUAAUCGGCGACAAUGUCCUGAUCAGAAACUACAAUAAAUCAAGGAAGUUUGACACUCUUCCUCCUCCAGGAAGCGUUCAAGAUCAUUGAUAUGAACAGGGAGGGGAACAUAGUCAAGGUACAACAAGAAGGAAGCGGUCUCACCCUGUGUCGCCACCCGGAUGAUCUCAAACCUUCGAAAAGUCGACCGGACAACCGCGAAGAGAAACAGGAGUGCAUGCAGAACGCCGACAUCCAAUGGCCAGAAGUAAUUGAGCACGAUGACGACGACGAGAGCUACUGCCUGGAAAAGAGAGAUACAGCACCACCGCCUAGACGAAGUCAACGGAAACGGACGACCAUUCCAGUUUACAAGUAA